AUGGCUCAAGUUAAUCAUUGGAAAAUAUUAACAGACUGUGAUUUUACUGGAUAUACACUAGUUAUACCAAGUGUGGCUGUUGGAAAUGUUGGGCAACUUGCUGGUGAUUUAAUCAUUUCUUCUUUACACAUGACAAAGAUUGGAAUAAUUUACAGUCCAGCACUUAUUCCUAUAUCAGGAUACGAUCCUUAUAAGAUUGGUUCAAACUCUAUAUCAAGUUGCUGUGAACUUUAUCAGUGUGCUGAAAGGAAAGUGGCCAUUCUGCUGUUAAGGGCACCGCUAGUUUAUAAGUACGCAAAUCAAUUCCUCACUGAAGUCGUGGAUAAAUUCAAGGCUGAGAAUGUCAAGGACAUUGUAAUACUAACAAGUAGUUUUGCUCAUGAGAGGAAGCAUAUAAUGACAUCACCUUUCCGAUAUGUUGUGAAUGAUCAAUGUUUGUACACAAGUAAACUGAGGACUUUGGAUUGGGUGGAACAUGAAACUAAAGGCGAGCCCGUGAAAAUACUUGGAGGAGGCUUUGCAUCUCUACUGUUUGAAAUUACCAAGGAGAAGUCUGUGCCAUGCUUUCUCUUGUAUAAGUUUGCUUCGGAGGGAGACAACAUACCUGAUGCUUAUGAAAUGGUGCAGUAUUUGAACACUGUCAUACCACUCUUCAAUGAUUCAGACCUUUUCACACAAUUAGUCCCUCCAGUGUCAUGGAACCUCAUGUACGGAGGACCACCACCAAAAAAUAUUUAUUAA